GGACGCACCAUAACGGAAAUCCGCCAGCCCUACGAAAAAGCGGGGAAGAGGCUUGGGUCGGGCUUUUGGGAGCCGCUCUAGAGGGCAGCAGAGCUCUGGGAAAAGAAAGGGUGGAAGUCGUAUUGGGUGUGGGGCGCGAGGAAAAUCCUCGGAGAGGGAAGAGGCGUUUUUUAGGCGGUCCCGCAGAGAGGUAGAUUCCGAUGGGGGAUCGCGGACUUGGUGCUGAGUAACGCUGGAAGGGAGAACUGAGUUUUUUGAGGCCGCUGAGCUAGAGACUAGGGAAUCCGCUCCAUAUGUGUGUUUUGUAAGCUUUGUACAAGAGUUUGUAUGAGGUAGUUUUACUAGGGGGGAAAGUUUAGGGUGUUGAAGGAAAAGGCACGGUGAAGAACAACAAGCGUGGGUACCAUACUAGAUAACCCAUUUAACGCUCUGCUCUCUGGAAGCAUCGCAAAUUUGAAAGAGCAGGGCAAGAAAUCUAAGGACUUCACUGGAGAAACUUCUACAGUUUGGCUUUUUGUAGUUUCGAACAAGUGGCAUAGUUCCCAAUCUUGUUAGAGAACUGUUCAACAGUGUAGAAAGUGUCAUCAUCAGGAAGCUUAUAUUUUCUUUAAAAAGCAGGGAUUGGAGCUGGACUUCAGUCAGGUCUCUGGUGUUCAGUAUCUUUCACCUCCUUGAUCCAAGCCCAGGUAAGAGGCCAUGCAGAAAGAAGAACUGGGCAUGGAUGAGAACUGCAACCCAGAGGAAGAGCUGCAUCUCCUGGGAGGAAAGGAGAAAUGCCAUAAUCUCAACAACCGUAUCCGAACAGGAUCAUGGGCGUCAAAUGGAUACUCUGCAAGUUCUGAAAUAGUUGAUGAGCCCAGUGUUCCCCUGAGUCCUUCCAACAGCCUUAACAUCCGCAAUCUCCAGCUGUCUGAGCGAGAUCCUUCUCAGCAUACCCACCGUUAUUCUCCUAAUUUCCAUCAUGGCUGGCCCUUCCGUCCUGCCUACCACAAAAUGUAUCGAGGCAACCCCUCAGACCGCAAGGAAUGGGGACCUAGCACUAAUGGCCACCACUGUGCUCCAGAGGGUCUUUCCAAUGGGCAAUGGCAGCAUCGAUGCCGCGGCUAUUCUGACUCGCCCUGCCCAUUGUCUUCCCCCAAAUUGGAACGAGUCAGCACUAUCAAAGCCAGUGAGAAUCCCGCUGUUAUAUCUAAUGCCUCCAGUGUAACCACUGAGGAAUCCAAGAAGGAAACAUGGUCACUCUUUCGGCCCCUUCCUGCUUUCCCAGUUGAUAGCAGCAGUGCCAGGAUCAUUCCCAAGAUCUCUUAUGCCAGCAAGCUGAAAGAGAACUUGGAUCAACCAGGCAAAGCCUGCCAUGUUCCAGCCUCAGCUGUCCGCACCACUAAUAGCCUCCCCAACUGUGUCUUGGUGCCACCCCCGAGCAGUCCCCCACCAACCGAUAGUAGUCAGCAGCAGCACCUGGGAGCCAUCUUCCAAAAUGAAUGGGGCCUCUCCUUUAUCAAUGAUCCAGGAGCCGGGCAUGGAGGGGUAUGUGGAACAGCACCAGUCAAGGAGACAGAAAAUGCAGAUGCUGAAGCAUGUUGGGAAAACAUGGAAGCUAAUGACUGGCAGGCUGAAAGAAAUUAUCACUUUGAAGGUAAGAUAGCCUUAAGAGUACAGAACUGCACAGGGAAGGGGAUGUUUGCGUGUUUUGAGGCUGUUCUAUUGGUAGCAGAGUAUAUCAAGCAACUUUCCAUUGUAAGUCACAUUUCGGGUACAUAGAAACCAGCUAUUGCAAUUAGUGGAAGUGGGGGCUGGAUAAUGUUUG